AUGGGAGGUGUGGAUCUGUUAGAUGCACUUCUUGGUUAUUACAGGAUCCAGAUCAGAUCACAAAAAUGUUAUCACCGCAUAUUCUUUCAUCUUUUAGAUAUGACGACAGUCAAUGCUUGGCUGUUAUAUAGACGCAGAAAUGCUGACGCUGAUGCAUGGUUGCCCCUUAGCGAUUUCAAAGUAGCUGUGGCGGAAGCCCUCACUAUGACCAAUAAGCCCAGCACAGUCGCCAAACGCGGACGGCCAUCCUCUAAUAUUAUCGAAAAUGCAAUCCAAGAGAAGAAGUCCAGAGGAGCUAUUGCAAUAAUGCCAUCUCAGGAUGUUCGUCUUGACCAGCUGGAUCACUUGCCUGUCUGGUCAUCCAGGCAGCGUUACAAAGUGCCUGAGUGCAAUGGUAGAUCCCACGUGCUAUGCAGGAAAUGUCAAGUCAACUUAUGCUUGAAUGAGAAGAGGAAUUGUUUCCUGCUGUUUCAUACUAUCUAA